UUAAGGUUGACAAUGUCUCUAAUUUUCCCUCUCCUCUGUAAGAUCACAUAAAGGGGGAACCAUUAAGACUCAGUUCUGCUGGGUUAAUUCAACCCAGAACCGUCAUGAACACCUCUGUAAUGAACUCCAGUCUACCACCCAACCUCCCGUCUUCUGGCUCCGGUCUCCCGCCCUGGUACCAGUAUGACGAGUGCAAAGACGAGCCCGGUGGGUUUGCGUUCUACUACCUCGUCAAAGUCGUUAACCUGGUGGUGGGCUUUCCUGCCAACAUCAUGGUGAUGUGGCAGGUGGCCAGGAAGAAGAGCGACUCCUCUACCUCUGAUAUCUUCAUCUUCAACCUGGCCAUCUCCGAUGCCUACUUCUGCCUGAUGACUAUCAUCUUUCUGGUGAACCGACUAUUACUCAAUGACAAGAUGAUGUGGUACUUCCAGCUCUUUGCCUACGGAAUCAAGGACAGUACCCCGCUCUUCCUCACCUGCAUUUGCCUGGACCGCUACAUGGCUGUCGUCCACCCCAUCGUGUUCACCGGCAUCAGGGACAACAAGAUCAGAGUGGCUUUAUCCAUACUAGUGUGGGGGCUAAUGCUGGCCUACGCCCUCAGCAAGUCAGUUGUGGGGGAGGACAGCACGAUCAACGCCUUCACCGGGCUGAUCCUGUCCGCCUUCAUCAUCAUGAUCUUCUGCAACAUCUCUGUCAUCUGGAAUCUGAGGAAGUCGGUCAUGGGCAAAGAGAAAAUGCACCCUAUGAAGAAGAAAGCCUUCAGAACAGUGGUCAUCACCCUGGCCAUCAUAGUUUUUAACUACCUGCCCCCAGUGGCUCUUUUUCCCUUUGCAGCAUACUACAGCUUUGUGGAAUUCAAGUGUUACAUCAGCAUGAUUUCCUACUCCAUCAUGGACCUGAGCUCCAGCAUCGAACCCCUGCUGUACAUGUCCAAGAUGGAACGGCUCACCAAACUCCCCUGCAGCUGCUGCCAAAGGUCUUCUGAAGAGUCACACAACGUAACCACAUGAGCUGCAUCUAUUUGGUUUGUAUGUAUGCAUCUGAAUGGAGCCUUCCAAUUAUUAACAGUGAGUUCAUUAACCAAAAAAUAACAUUCGAAUGAUGGGCACAUUUUUUGGAAAAAACCUUUGAAAGAAAAUAUCAAAAAUUUAGAUUGUUUGAAAAUUAAUAUGCGUUAUUUAUUUAUUCAAAAUUAACAAAUCGAAAACACUUUGAAUGUGAAUGGUAGACAAAAAUCGGCGUUUAAUUUCACCAUGCUGCCACGGUAGUUUUGCUAAAUGAAAUAGCCUACAGCAGCUUGUCAGGAGGUUCGCUUUUCACCAAAACAAUCUGUGUUUAACGAUUGUUAACUGCCGUGCGCGAUGCUAAAAUAUCGCAAGCAAACUGCGUAAUUAAAUUCUUUUAGUAGAUAAAAAUGAUAAUGCACAUCCAAACACAGUGGCAGACAUAUAAAUUAACUUAAGUGAAACUCUUCGCAACGUACUGUAUUUAAAUCUGAAAUUGAUAAAACGUAUUGGAAUGCAUUAAAGAGCUGCACGUCGACCUAUAUUAUAGGACUGUAUUUUUGUUUAGAUUGCUGUCUGAUUCAUAUUAUUAUUUUGCACCUAUUAAGAUAAAGUAAAAUAUUUACCAAUUUUCAGUUGCUAAUCACUCUGGGCCCUUUUAGAUAAGCUACCUCUUUCCCAACUGUUUUGUAAGUGGUUAUCUAAAUAUUCUGCAUUAGAAUAUUUUACAUUAGGCUACUUGGUUAAAAGCUGGUCAAAAUGUAUAUGUUUAUUUAUGUGUAAACUGCGCGUUAUUUUGUUGGAAAAAAAGAUUAAUCAGAUUGUUGGAUUGUUGUGAAUUCCGUUAGGCCAUUGUUAGGCCAUUUUGUUAAAAUUACUUAUUACCAUGCCCAAAAUAUUCACAUUUUCAUAUAUGUUUAAAAUAAAAGACGUUUUAGAAAUACAUGUUUACUGACUGGUUUUUAAGUCAUUGAAAUAUGUUUAAGGCUUCCAAGCUAUUUCAAUAAUUAUCGAGAUAAUGUCGUAGGCUAUAUCAAAAUACUGGCCAUGUUAAUGGUACUGUGAAAUUUCUCGGCACAUGACGUGCCGAACCGAACUGUAACAUCUAUGUAACGUAGCGAUCACUACA